GUUGCAGAAGUUUUACAAGUACCUCCAAUGAGAGUAUAUGAAGUAGCAACUUUUUAUACAAUGUAUAAUCGAAAGCCAGUUGGGAAGUAUCACAUUCAAGUCUGUACUACUACACCUUGCAUGCUUCGAAAUUCUGACAGCAUACUGGAGGCCAUUCAGAAAAAGCUUGGAAUAAAGGUUGGGGAGACUACGCCUGACAAACUUUUCACUCUUAUAGAGGUGGAGUGUUUAGGGGCCUGUGUAAAUGCACCAAUGGUUCAAAUAAAUGAUAACUACUAUGAGGAUCUGACAUCUAAGGAUAUUGAAGAAAUUAUUGACGAGCUCAAAGCUGGGAAAAUUCCAAAACCUGGGCCGAGGAGUGGACGUUUCUGUUGUGAGCCAGCUGGAGGUCUUACCUCUUUGUCUGAACCACCCAAAGGACCUGGCUUUGGUGUGCAAGCAGGCCUUUAAUUUAUAUUCAACUAAAUAUGUCACUGGAGAAAUAAAAUAUGAAUCUUC